CCGUUUCCGCUUGGUUUGUGGGAAUCACCAUAGCGAUUGUUUCAACAAAACCGGAAAGCGGAUAUAUUUUUGGAAAUAAAUUGAAAUCUAGAUCAGUUUACCAAUGUAGUUGAAUUAAAUAAACUGAUUAGGUGUAGACUGAUAUUUGCGGUGCAAAGACAAACGCAACUGUAAAUGUAAAUCUGUUGAUAGGAGAGUAGCAAACAGCUUUGGUUUUGGUUCUUCAAAAUAAUAAACAGCCAAAAUGGGUGAAAAAGGUGGAAAAGCCGACAUGGACAGAGUGGGUUUAUUCCAAGAAAUGGGAUAUGUAACCAUAAAUGAUAAAUAUAAGAGGCCAGGACAUGUUCAGUUCAAUGAAACAGCAACAAAGGGGAAACAGAUGCUGCCAGGCGGCAGCAAAACACGAUCAGCAUUACAGACAGGCUAUUUUCAAGAUAAAUUUGGCAGAAUCCUGGAAGGAGAAGCAUUCAGUGAUCCCAUCAAAAUACGAAGACAAUCCAGAUUAAAAGAAGCACAGAAAAAUAUUGGAAAAGCAUUUUUACCUAGUAGUGGAGAAAAACAAAUGUCAGGGCUUGGAAAUCACUAUGGAACUCUGAGCGGUCCAAUUUCAGCCUUUAGCCCUGUGAGUAAAGCUGGAAAGGACAAGAAAGCUUCUGGUAAAAAUGUUAUAACAAAUCCUGGUAAAAGAGGAACAGGCUUUGGCUAUGUAGCAGUGACCAUAGGAAAGUACCCCCAAUAUCAGGGUGACUCCUAUGAUAUGCACAGAGAAUUAAAUAGGAAAGAAAUAGCUUCACACAAAAAUGCAACUAAAGGAGGGGCAUUCAAACUCAACAUGCAUCCAAGAGCGUAUUUUGAUGUAAACCCAUACAAUUCAGACAAGUUACCAAAGCGCAGUUCUUCUGCUGGCAUAGCUUCAAGAAAAGAUGACUCUAAACCAUUCAAGCCUAGUUCUCCUGGUAAAAAGCCUGGAGGUGCAAAGAUUGGUACUUUUGAUCCUUACCCAAGUCACUCAGCAGAUCCUUACAAGGUGAAGGUCGUCCGUUCAGUCAAUAUAGUGAACAAAAGCGGAAAGACUUUUAUGCCAUCCCAGGGACCAAAGAGCAAGCCAAUGACGUCUAUAAUCAACCAAAAUGUUAUGAAACACCAGGCCGAUAUUUUAAAAGCUGUGCAAGCAAAAGCCCUGACAGGUCGAGUAUGAGAGAGUUAAGGGAGUGUGAAUCCAACCAACUACAGAUCAAUCACCUGUUUAACCUUCUAACGAUGCAAGACAACCUAGUUUAUGUUCUAAUUGACACUAUGUGCAUUCAUCAAUGCAGUUGUUUUAAACGUGCAAGUGACAGGAGUUUGUUUGUACCAUAUGACUUUCAUUUCUCUGUCCCUGCUGAAUAUAUUUACCAUCCUUAUAUUUUCUUAUCAAAAUAAAUUAUACUGUAUACCAAAUUUCAGCAUUUGUGUGGAUAUAUUGUAAAAACUGCAUUGAGAAAGGUCAGAAUGUCAGAAACUCAAGCAAGGGGGUAUUUUUAUAUUUUGGUGUAGUUUUAAUGACACCAAAAUAAAGUGAAUUUUUUGCUGUUCAAGUUCUGAUGUGGAUUAUUUAUGAUUAAGAAAUCCUAAUACUUCAUAUCCAGGUAACCAUAGCAACAGUUCAAAUUAGAAUGUUAUUGAAGUUAUUAGUCUGUCUCUGACAUACAGGACAUGAUGUCUGUGGUGCAUAAUUUAUUUAACGUACCCAUUUUUACUUAAUAUGUCUAUAUCCUAUAUAUACAUAAAAUCUAUGAAAAUAAACUUUGUAACAAUAUAUGAGCCGUGCCAUGGGAAAACCAACAUAGUGGGUGUGCGACCAGCAUGGAUCCAGACUGGCCUGCGCAUCCGCGCAGUCUGGUCAGGAUCCAUGCUGUUCGCUAACAGUUUCUCCAAUUCCAAUAGGCUUUAAAAGCGAACAGCAUGGAGCCUGACCAGACUGCGCGGAUGCGCAGGCUGGUCUGGAUCCAUGCUGGUCGCACACCCACUAUGUUGGUUUUCCCAUGGCACGGCUCAUAUUUAUAAAUUGUAUUCAACAGUAUUACAUGAACCAAGAAUAUGCAAGAAAAAAAAAUUAUACUCUAUAAUCUGCUUAACAUUUAUAGAAAUCUGCACUGCCACAGAGUCCUACAUUUAUGAGAAAAACUGUACAUAUUUCUGUAUAUUAAUAUUGUGCUGUACAAUAAAUUGCUGUUUGACAAAUUACUCAGAAAUAUCCUCCAUUUAUGCAGUUAUGCACAGCUGUCCAGUAAAACCAGUCAGUUCUUGAAAAUGACACAAAUUAUUUUUUUAAAGUCUGUUGUUGCCAUAUGGAAUAGAAGCUUUUGUUACGGGACUUUUGAGUAUUUUAAACUGCAUUAGUAGCUUUAUUUCAUCCAAUGUCCAUUUAUUAGUAUAGAUAGGUAAAUUACACUGUAACAUCUAGAUUCAUAGGUUUAUUAUUAUGUUUGAUUUGAUUUGUUCGGAUGUAUAUUUCUCUCUGACAGUUCUUUCACACACCUGUUGGUCAAUGAAGAACUGAAUAUCAAUUUCAGCAUGUGUAAUUGUGCAUCCUUUCCAAUGAAAAGUGAAAAAUACAUAAUUCCUGGAAUUUUGACUCUUGUUAAUAUGGAAUAAUAUCUACCUAUUACAAAAGGCAGAAAUCCGACAUGGACAUUUAUAAAUUAGCUGGAAUAUUUUGGAGAGGUUAAUUUGUAAAUGAAGACUGAAAAUGGGUGAAUAUAGCCAAUUUUUUAAACUGAAAACCAAGUAAUAUAUAUACUGUCAAUAUACUUCAGACAAAUGCAGCAACUAAGUCUUUUGCUAAGCUCAAUGCUUUCGGGGAUCCUAUUUUAAAAACAAAAAAGAUUUUCAAAUUGAUAUUUUGUCAAAGUAUUUUGGAAUCCUAGACUAGAUGGGAAGUAAACUGGCACUGUAAGAGAAGAAUAUAUUCAGUCUGAACCAACUCAUCAGAAGCUAAGGCUGUGAUCCACAUUUUUAUUUUAUGUAAAUUUUAUUUCUUUUGUUACAUUAUUUUAUGUUUUCUUUGUCACAAAAUUAUAUAUAUUUUUGUGUAUAUGUACUUAGAUCUUCUUCCAAUAUGUACUUAGAUCUUCUUCCAUAGAGUGAGUGACAGGCAGACACAACUUUGUCAAUAAACCAUCAUAAUAAAAUCAAGGUGUUAUAGCCCCAAAUUGUAAGCUAUAUUACAUUUUUUAUGCAUUUAUAAUUCUUAAACAUUCCAUCUGGAGCACAUUUGAAUAUGAUACCAGUAUUGUAGAUGGGAUGAUAUUCAUGAUGGUGUUCUUCCGCAAAUAUUUUGAAAACAGAGCAACUAGGAAAUUUUAAACAAUAAAACCCCAAGAAGUAUAACCAGCUCUGAUGCAAGAAUUCUUAACAAAGCAAAUAUUGCUGGUGUCUAUCAAAUCACCAUAUCAAAUUAAUGUGAGAUAUAACCAGUCAAUAGUUCAAGUAAGUAUGAGAUCAAAAUCUAAAUGUUUCCAUGGUUAUAAAAUUUCUAAAUUGUAAUUUAAAAUGAUUUAUCAAGAACAAAAACUGCACUUUUGAAGAACGAAAUUUAAUAAAUAAUUUUAAAUGUUUUAAAGUUGAUUUAUUGCAGAAAAUAAAUGCUGGUUAUUUGAAACCACAGGUAGGUAAUGCUGUUUUGUAAUAAACAAGUGUAAAGUUUUCGAAAAAUGUAUAAAAUAACUGUUCUACAAAAAUGUUAAUUAUUAAUUGUUAAGAUUUAACCAGUUAUCGAAUGUCUUUCUGUAUAGUUGAAAGUUAACAUCAUUUAUUGUAUUGUUAUAUAGUUUUCAUUGUAAAUUCAUUGUUAUACUAUAUACCUCUUGCAUGCAUGUAUUUUAUGUCUAUAAUUGCUUAUAUAAGACAAUAUUUAGUUGGCCUUUACCCAUUAUUGUUAGCCUUAAUAAAAACGUGUCUUAAAAUUAUCAUUGCAAAUUGACGGUAACUUACAUUUUUAAAAUACCAUAUAUUUAUGCUGCAUCAGAUAUUGAUCUUUUGUUAAAUUGUUGCCUUAGAUAAUGUAAUGUACAUGAAGUAUGAAAGUGAUAAAUUGGGAUUGAUUUACAAUGCUUUUAUUUUAACUAAUAUUCAUAUAAAGAGCAAGAAGUGAAUUUAAAACAAUCAUGAAUAUUCAGCAGGAUUAUUGCAAGAAGAACAAACCCUAAGAAGCGUGAGUUUGUAGUAACACAAACUUAAAUUGAUGCAAUGCCUAAAUUAAUGUAGUGUACCAGGUAGGUUGUUUUCUUGGAAUGCCAUAAAAUAUAUUUGAUUUUUACAAAUAGUUGUCUUGACCUUCUAUAUUUAUAAUAUCAUCAGUCCUUGUAUUAUGUAGGAAAACUGUUGGUGAUGAAAAAUAUAAAUCAUUUUUGAUAGAUUUCUUGUUAUAAGGAAGAACAACCAUUUUCUACAUUCCAAAACAUUUUUAUUCUAGAGUGACAUAUUUUUGUACAACAGCAUUAUUUGUAUUCAUAUUUUAAUGACAACAUGUAUCUUAUGUGCAUUUUUGUAAUGAAGAACUAAAAAAUGCCUCAGUGUAACAUAUUUGGUUUGUAUGUAAACCAUUAUUCUGAUAUUUAUUAAGGUAGCCUUACAAUGCUGUCUGGCUUGAAAAGAUUUUGUUUCAUUAUUAAAUCUAUAUUUACAGUCCUUUCCAUUGGCCUAGAUGUAGUCACAUGAUCAAUGAUAAAAAAUUUGUAUUGACUUGAAGGCGGAGCCAAAAACACAUACUAACCUCCCACAGACAUUGUACACAAUUUACCACGAAAAAUGACCAAAGCCUGUAGAUAUUUGUAUUUAAUGUUUAUACUUAUGAGUAGGCUGGAUUUAAUAAUAAAACAAUUGUUGCCUUUUAAGUUCUGUUGAUAUGUGUCCCUCGGUCGAUAUCGCUUUUAUCAGGUCGAUAUAUCCACAUAUUGACUUCACCAAAAGGCAAUAAUUGUAUAUUAAUUGAAAUGGAUAAUUGUUAUUUAAAAUGAAUUUUUAGGUCCUCGAGUAAUAGAAUUGUUAAAUGUGGCUUUACAUGUAUGUGAUAAUGUUAUAUAAAACUGCUGAUACCUGUAUACCUGAAAAUAAUUUAUAUAUUACAUAAUUUUGUAAAUGAGAUAAUUUUUGUAUAAAACAGGUGAUAUUUUGCUGUUGUUUGUGUAUAAUUGAUGUAUAACUGUAUUUCACAGCAUUGUAUGUUUGCCAAAUUAAAUAGAAUUGCACAAAAUAUUUAAUAUUUCAUUCACACAUUUUUUUUUGAUCACUGAACAGUUUUUUGACUCAAUAAAUAAGCUUUUCUCCUUAAAAAUAAUAUUAUCUUCAUUAAAAAAAACAUUUUGUGCUAAGCUGAGGCAAUAAAUAAUUUCUGUUAAACAGAAGUUUUAUACACACGACUUGUCCUUUGAUUAAGUCUGCUGCUGUUGUUGCACACCUUUUACUGCUGAUGUUAAUGACAAUGUUGCUGUCUUUCCCAAUGUUCUCCAAACCAGAUACUAUAUUGUUUAUGCAUCUUAAAAAGUCAACUGAAAAUGUAUCAUAUACUACAUGGUUCACAUUUGAUGAAACUGCCUUGUUGGCAUUUUUUGUGUGUGAAUUUUUGUACUUACUUAAGAAAUAUUAAAGGGUGAAGUCUUCACCAUUGGAAUUGA